UUUUAUACACAUACUAAACUGAAGCGACAGUACUGAGAUCAGUGACUGAACUGUAUUUUACAAUGGAGGAAGACCGCAAAGAAACCAUUUCAAUUAGAGAGAGUAAAAGACGGGAACGUCAAGCAGCCUUGGAGAGCCCGGAUACUGGCAUUGGCUUAUGUGGGUGGAUCAUAGUCGGAUUAUCCCUCCUUCUGAUGCUCGCGACUCUGCCUCUCUCCAUAUGGAUGUGUAUUAAGAUUGUGAAGGAGUAUGAGAGGGCCAUCAUCUUUCGGCUGGGGCGGAUCCUACGAGGAAGAGCUAAAGGGCCAGGCCUGUUCUUCAUCCUGCCGUGCACAGACAGUUUCAUCAACGUGGACAUGCGCACCAUCACCUUCGACAUCCCGCCACAAGAGGUUCUGACUAAGGACUCAGUGACGGUCAGUGUUGAUGGUGUGGUGUACUACCGUGUUCAGAAUGCCAUCCUGGCUGUGGCCAACAUCACCAAUGCUGACGCUGCCACCCGCUUGCUGGCACAGACCACCCUGAGGAACGUCCUGGGCACCAAGAACCUGGCUGAAAUCCUGUCUGACCGUGAGGAGAUAGCCCACAGCAUGCAGACUACCCUGGAUGACGCUACAGAUGACUGGGGUAUCAAGGUGGAGCGAGUGGAGAUCAAGGACGUCAAACUGCCCCAGCAGCUCCAGAGGGCCAUGGCUGCAGAGGCCGAGGCUAGCCGCGAGGCCAGGGCAAAGGUGAUAGCAGCGGAGGGGGAGAUGAACGCUUCGCGGGCUCUGAAGGAGGCCUCUCUGGUGAUCGCCGAGUCUCCAUCGGGCCUGCAGCUGCGCUACCUGCAGACCCUCAACACCAUAGCUGCUGAGAAGAACUCCACCAUCAUCUUCCCCCUGCCAAUGGACAUGAUGCAGGCCUUCAUGAAGAGAGACUGAGGAGAGCCUGUUGGGUGCAAACAUUCCCACAUAUAUCAUAGUGUGCUGCUUUGGGAAUCGGCUGUAGAAAUGAAGUGGCUGUGAUUGAACAAACCCUUUCCCUUGUGCCAAAUGUUGUUAUGUCAAUGCCAGCUGGUGCAGAGGAGGAUAGUUACACAGCUUGGUUGCGCUUUAUGGGUCAAAUAACUUAAUGUAAGUAUUUUGUGUGUUAAGACUAUAUUCUGAAUUGUGAAUUCCCAUUGAAUGGAACAGAGAAGCAGGGUUUGAACAAAACCAAGGGAAACUGAGUCGCCACUCGCCAGUACUACUGGGGUGUGGUGUUUCCUGCACUGCUAUGAGACCAGGAUGUACUAGGGACCCUGUUUGUCUGUCUGUCUCCAUGGGAAGCAACCUCUUUACUAUGGCCAUUUAAACUGCUCAAAGCCUUAAAUCAUUGCCAUGGAGUCGAUGUACUCAUCUCAUACACUUUCUAUGCAUAUCUCGAUGGAAAUUGGAAGUUCAUUUUAAUCUGUUUUAAAAUACCAAUAUUUUAUAAUCAAGACUACACGCUCUUCAGAUGCUGUUACAGUACCUAUACAGUAUACAUUACUUUACUGUAUAAAACAUGGUAUGUGUUAUACACUGAGUAUACCAAACAUUAGGAACACCUUCCUAAUAUUGAAUUGCAUCCUCUCAAAACAGCCUCAAUU